CUCCAGCUCCCGGCGGCAUGGCUCCGGCACCUGCAAAGGUGAUUACAGAAUGCUUCAGAGCCUUAGUGAACACAUCAGAUUGCCUGAGCUUUGUGAAAUCUGAAAGCAACCUCACAAAACCAGAAAAAGGAUGCUGCCCGGAGAUCGCAGGACUAGUAGAGAGCAACCCCAUUUGCUUAUGUGAGCUAUUAGGGCAUCCUGAAGCUACUGGUUUCACCAUUGAUGCUAAGAAAGCUCUCAACCUUCCUUCUCUUUGUGGAGUGUCUUCUGCUCCUAAUGUUACUUCCUGCUCAGCUGCAGGAGUGCCAGUGUCGUUGGCUCCAAUAAGUCAAGAUGCCAUGUCUCCGAACGAUCAACCAAGAGAAGGAUUGGCACCAAGCCCUUCAACACAGGAAUCAACUUUGACUUAUCUCCCAAAUGAAGACGACGAAGAUGCAGCUUCCACCAUUAGCAGACACUCUAAGCUCAAUUUCAUGUUCGGCUUCGUCAUUGCCAUCAUCUUCACCUUAAAUUAUGAUUCCUAAACAUCAUUAAUUACUAUGUUCUUAAAACGUCAUUUUUGGGUUCAUACAGUCCCCAUUUACAUUCA